AUGAUCGCAAAUACAUUACAUCGGAAUAUAACAUUUCUGUACAAUUUUUUGUCGAAACAUUACAAAGCAAAUCCAUUCACUAGACACAUGAAUACAAGUGAUAAUUUAUUGAGUUUUAACAGAAAUGGAAAGUUACUAUUUUACUUAGAUAGAACAUACGUUAGGGAAAUAUUUGACGAUCCCACUCCGAAAGAUUUGAUUCAAGUUUCAGGGUGGGUUAAAUCCAUCAGAUCUGCUUGUAAAGGUACACUUUUAUUUAUCGAUUUCACCGACUCUACUACAAUUUUGCCUUUGCAGAUUGCAGUAUCAAAUACGAUUCCAAAUUUUGGCCAGGUUAAAAAUUUAACAAUGGGUUCAUCAGUUUCAUUCAUUGGUAAAUUAUCAACAGAACCUACAUUAGAAUUGAAGUUAGAAAGUGAAGAUUCCGGACACAAAUUUCAUAUAUAUAAUAAGAUAGAUAAUAGUGAUAAUUAUCCAAUUGCAAAACAAGCACUAUCAGUUGAUUACAUUCGCUCCUUUCCACACUUGCGUGCUAGGACUAGAUUUGGAUCUAGUAUUAUACACGCGCGGUCUGAGUUGAUUAAUUUGACUCACAAAUAUUUUAAGAAUAAAAAAUUCACGCACAUUACCACACCUAUUAUAACCACAAUGGACGCGGAAGGCGCUGGAUGUCAAUUUAAAAUAACACCUGGUAAUUUUUUUGGGACUCCUACUUAUUUAGCAGUUUCUGGACAGUUGGCACUAGAAGUCCUUACUUGUUCUGUUGGCGAUACAUAUACAUUGGGUCCCACAUUUAGGGCUGAAAACUCCAAUACCACAAGACAUUUAUCAGAGUUCUGGAUGUUGGAGGUGGAAUGCAGUUUUGCUCAAUUAAAUGAUAUAAUAACUAUAGCAGAAGAUUACAUAAAGUAUGUAGCCAAGCAAAUGAUGCAAACAGAAUGGAUAAAAUACCUGGAUGAAUACAAUGGGGAUGUAAUUCAGAGACUUAGUGAAUUGAUAAAUAAUGAAGUGAUAGUUGUGUCAUUUGAUGAAUGUAUGGAAAUUAUUAAAAACAAUUACAAUGGACAAACUGUUGGAUCAAUAAAUAUAUCACGUGAUGACGAAAGGGUGCUAAUUGAACACUUUGGAAACAAAUUAAUAGCAAUAACACAUUUUCCAUCUGUCAACCGCCCAUUCUACAUGAAACGCACAAAUAGUGGAAAAUCAACAUUUUCCUUCGAUAUUAUCGCGCCGGAAGUAGGUGAAAUAGUCGGAGGUUCAGAGAGGGAAACUAACUAUCAACGUUUAGUCAAGCAAAUGGAAGAACAAAAAAUGAACGUUGAGUGUUACAAAAAAUACCUAGACAUGAGAAUAUUUGGUUCAAUCCCACAUGGCGGUUUUGGCAUAGGGAUAGAAAGAUUGUUAAUGUUUCUAACGGGGGUUAAGAACAUUAGGGAUGUGAUUCCAUUCCCUAGAAUGAUUAGUCAUGCAGAAUUUUGA